GGAUGUCAAGCGAACAGGUUUCGGACGUUGCAACAUUGCAAUUCCCAAACAAACGAUUGAACUGUCCUCUGUUCACCCUUCCACGUAGGCAGCCUUUCCCGUUAUCACACCAGCGCGAUCUCUACAAAACAUAGGUUCAAAAUGUUCUCUCGACACAACAAAGGAAACCGUCCUGCUCCUGGCUCAUCUUCGCAGCUAUCGCACCCACAGGCCCCUUCGGAGUCCCAUGUUCCGCAGUUCCAUAUCACCGGCCCCCAGAUAUCCCCGGAUCACGACAAGACCCACUGCGGUCAGCUCGGAGGGCCGACAGUACCUUCUGGUGAUCGCAAUGAUCCAAUGAAGUCAGCAUCAUUCAUGGGCCGCAUAUCGAGUGAGAUCAGCGAAAUAUUUGGUCGUAAUCGCAGCAAGCCUGGGACUCCCAAGCAGUCAAGACCAACCACGCCCACCCCACAGCCAUAUGCUAAUAAUGCAGCGCCGCCUCCAUCUCCCCUCACUCCUACCGGGAAUAUCGAUGAUCCAAGCGAAUCAUCCGGGAUGCGUGCCACGCCCGACAAUGGCUCGAAAAUUCGCGCACAAUUGGAACGCGAGGGUAUCAACGUGCCUUCCUUAUCGGAACUCACGCCAUCGGCUACCUCAAAGAGCGAUCGAAAGAAAGUCGUCAUAAAUGCUAUAAGACUCGUUCUGGAAAAUGCAGCCGACGCUCUUAAAUUCGUCCCGAUUCCAAAUCCCGACGCAAUCCCGAAUUUACUUCUCAAGUGGCUCCAGGUUUACGAUGUCAGUUUAUCCCUUCAUUUCUGUGAUAGAUGAGGAUACGCCGUUUACUCUUCCCAUGUUCAUUCGUUUGUUUGUGGAUGA